AUGGGAGACAUGGGAGAUCCACCAAAAAAAAAACGUCUGAUUUCCCUGUGUGUUGGUUGCGGCAAUCAAAUUCACGAUCAGUAUAUUCUGAGGGUUUCUCCGGAUUUGGAAUGGCAUGCGGCAUGUUUGAAAUGUGCGGAGUGUAAUCAGUAUUUGGACGAGAGCUGUACGUGCUUUGUUAGAGAUGGGAAAACCUACUGUAAAAGAGAUUAUAUCAGGUUGUACGGGAUCAAAUGCGCCAAGUGCAGCAUCGGCUUCAGCAAAAACGACUUCGUGAUGCGCGCGCGCUCCAAGGUGUACCACAUCGAGUGUUUCCGCUGCGUGGCCUGCAGCCGCCAGCUUAUCCCCGGGGAUGAGUUCGCGCUGCGGGAGGACGGGCUCUUCUGCCGCGCCGACCACGACGUGGUGGAGAGGGCCAGCCUGGGCGCCGGCGACCCGCUCAGCCCCUUGCACCCGGCGCGGCCGCUGCAAAUGGCAGCCGAGCCCAUCUCCGCCCGGCAGCCGGCCCUGCGGCCCCACGUCCACAAGCAGCCCGAGAAGACCACCCGCGUGCGGACUGUGCUGAACGAGAAGCAGCUGCACACCUUGCGGACCUGCUACGCCGCCAACCCCCGGCCCGAUGCGCUCAUGAAGGAGCAACUGGUGGAGAUGACCGGCCUCAGUCCCCGUGUGAUCCGGGUCUGGUUUCAGAACAAACGGUGCAAGGAUAAGAAGCGGAGCAUCAUGAUGAAGCAGCUCCAGCAACAGCAGCCCAAUGAUAAAACUAAUAUCCAAGGGAUGACAGGAACUCCCAUGGUGGCUGCCAGUCCGGAGAGACAUGACGGUGGCUUACAGGCAAACCCAGUGGAGGUGCAAAGUUACCAGCCGCCUUGGAAAGUACUCAGUGACUUCGCCUUGCAGAGUGACAUCGAUCAGCCGGCUUUUCAGCAACUGGUUAAUUUUUCAGAAGGAGGACCGGGCUCUAAUUCCACUGGCAGUGAAGUGGCGUCGAUGUCCUCUCAGCUCCCAGAUACACCUAACAGCAUGGUAGCCAGUCCAAUUGAGGCAUGA